AUGGGUGGCCCCAGCAGAGAGAUUGCAUAUGACCCAGACCAGAACCCCGAAGAGAAACGCAGAUUGCGAAAAACAUAUCGAGCGUUGCAUGAUGUGAACGCCACUGCUAACGAUUUCACCACUCAGGAGCUCACUGAUAAGGUGCACAAAGCAGACAAGCUCUUCCAUGAAGUCAAAGCACCACAGGAAGCGACUUUGGACUCCAUGAUGCUUGUUAAUCUCUCGAACAUGGGUGCCGUGAAAGCUCGUGCCAUGAAGUCUGGAACAGGCUCUUUUGACAUGGACGACUUUGUUGCGAAGCUGAUCACCUUCAUGGGUGGUCGGAAAGGCGGAGAGAUGCUAGGGAAUGCAGACGAUGACGCCGAAGAUGAUUAUGAGGACCCGAGUCAGCCCCUUCGUUGGGACUUGAUUGGGAAGAAGGCAUUGGCAAAGAGUCGUCGGGUUCCUGUGUCAGAUUACAUGCUCGGUCCUCUCGAAAUUGAGCAGAAAAAGCGCAAUGUCGGGAAACGGGCGAAGUUAGAGAAGAAUGAAGCGGACAAGACCAAACCUCAAGAACUGCAAGAGGAGGAUAUUGCCCGAUCGGAGAAUGAGACCACCAAGAACGUCGUAGUAAUUCGACAACUUCUGGAACAACAGGGCAACGUGAACCUGUUCAAAUUCGUGAUAAAUCCUCACGACUUUGCCCAAUCAGUCGAAAACAUCUUCCAUUUGUCGUUCCUCAUACGAGACGGCGAGUGCGCAUUGGACGUUGAAGACGGGGAGCCCAUGAUAUUUAUGUGCGAACCUCCCAAAGACACCGAUUACGCCGACGGCCUGAAGAAGCAGCAAAUGAUUCUACAGUUCGACAUGGAUACGUGGAAGGUAUUUAUUUUGUUUGGCGUUUUCCUAUCUCAACACUAG